AUGUCUUUCUCAUCAGAUGAUGCAACAGAUAAAUUAAUUGAAGAUACGUUUGACCAACAUGUUGAUAAUUUUAUCGACCAACAAGUUGAUAAUUUCAUCGACCAACAAAUUAACAAGCCGAAGAGACGAGCUUAUAUCGAAAGACAUAGGGAGCAAGGCCACCAAGACCUUUGGAACGACUAUUUCAGUGAAAAACCUACAUACCCACCAGAAAUGUUUAGGCGGCGUUUUCGAAUGACCAAGCCAUUGUUCCUUUCCAUUGUCGAUCGCCUGAGUAAUGAAGUUCCAUACUUUCGUCAAAGACCAAAUGCUCACGGAAGGUACGGCCUAUCUGCACUUCAAAAGUGUACUGCGGCUAUACGUAUGCUAGCAUAUGGUCAACCGGGAGAUACGUAUGACGAAUGUCUCCGACUUGGUGAGAGUACCGCACUUUUAUGUUUGGAGAAGUUCAACGAAGCAAUAAUACAAUUGUUUGGAGAUGAGUAUCUACGAAAACCUACACCAGCUGAUCUCCAACGAUUACUCGAUAUCGGAGAGGUACGCGGAUUUCCGGGAAUGAUAGGCAGCAUCGACUGUAUGCAUUGGGAGUGGAAAAACUGCCCAAGGUCUUGGAGAGGGCAGUAA